GCGUGUCUGACUCGGAGUCAGUCUAUCAGAUGGUGCCUGUCGUGUUAUGUUAUGUACAUGGCGGCACCGCGGGGGGUGGGUAUUUUUGCUCAUUGGGGCCUGCUUAUAUGCACCGAGUCAUUGUAUUGGCGCUGUGCGUCGCUCUAUGCUCUAGUUCGUGCCUCGGUCUUCGAAGUCCCGAAAUUGAAGUCGUGGGCGGUGAGUCACUCCGAGUCCACGUUCUCCAAGUCAGGAGGGCCCUAGACUAGUAUACUACAGGAGUAACAGGACGUAAAACUGGGGCCAAUCACGAGUGUUCACAUUCCCUAGCGAUAUGACCCUUCGCCUAUCCUUGGCAAAAAAUGAUCCACUUCAGACCACUUUCUUUUGCCCAGAGCGUGCCAUACACUACACCUCUGACACAGUGACACGUAAUCGACCCUUCCUUCAGGGUGGAAGUAAAGCUACCACAACGGUUUGGAAAAAUGUCGUUGGAGAAUCUAUCCACGUGGGCAUCAUUGAGUGGCCAGCCAACCCUAAUGACCGGCCCACAGUGGUGGUGGGGUCUAGGACAAUCGAGAUGAUAAAGACGGGACUAUAUACAUCUCCGGAAAAGUUUCAGGGGAUUCACAACGAGUGGUAUGAGUGGCAAAUCCGUCAGUCUCGCGCGCAACUCGUGCCAUUAGAGGUCGCUCACUCACAGGCAUGCAUCGCCACUUUUGUAACCACGGUUACACAGUCUCUGUUCAGACAAAAGAAGUCUGCUGCGCUUCUCAUAUCACCGGAAGCAGUACACAUCUUGGAUGAUAUUGUUGUCACUUUUAUUUACUUCGAGAGUCAGUGGCGGGAUAGAGAGCGAGCAAGAUCUCGGGCGUGGGACUCAGGUUAUGCUGCUGGUGCUCUCUAAUGGAUAUUGCAUUGACCAGAACAUGUGUUAUGUCAGAUUGCAAGGGGUGGCCUUCGGUCGUUGGGUUUUAUUGGUACAAUCAUGUCGUUCCACUAAAAAAAGCGGACAUUUAUACCCUAUAUAAUAAUAUUUGCACUA